CCCGAGGCCGGCCGGGCGGUUGGGGCGGGCCGCAGCCGUCCUUCCCGCGCGCGCCAUGACGAUCACCUACAGCUGUGUCGCUAACGGCCGCGCGGUCCUCGCCGAGCUGGCCCUGACCGGCGGCUCCUAUCAGGAAGCAGUGGCCACCGUGCUUAAACUAGUGCUUCUUAGAGCAGAGCCGAAGACCAUAAUGCAGAUGGGAAGCUUUGUCUACCAUACUCUCUUUAUUGAUGGAAUCACUUACCUAUGUGCUACAGACAAUGCCUUGGAUACCAUAACACCAUCUGCAUUUCUUAAAAACGUUAGUGAUACUUUUCUGAGAAAUCCUUUGAUGUCGCAAGAACAUUUUUCUCCUUCAAAUGCAGUUGCUGCAGAUUUUCAACAAGUAUUAGGAAAGUAUAUGAUGAAAUACAAUAAAAAUCAAGACAAUACCCCGAUAUCUACACUGAGGAGUCAAGUAACUGAUGUAAAAAAUAUUAUGUCCCAAAACAUUGAUGAAAUUUUGGAAAGUGAAAACAGAUUGAGUAUCUUCACUGAUAGAACCAAUGAUCUCCAGACAACUGCCGAAGAAUCCCAAAACACGAGUAAGGCUCUUAGGAGGAUGUGGUGGAAACACUUCAGAAAAGUCAUCAUCAUCACUGUGGCCCUUCUCCUCUCCAUCAUCAUCAUUCUUCUAAGUACGAAAGUGAUACCGCCCUGACCCCUUUCCUCCCCGGACCAGCAAUCACCAAUAAAUGGUCACGCGUAAACAGAGGGGUCCAUGACCAGCGACUGCGAAAGUAUCCUCUGGCGCAGGAAGCCUGCAGGGCGCGGGGCGUGGACAUGCGGCCUCGCGUCUCGUCGCUGCUGCAGUCCCAUGUGCCGUCCCCACUUCCAGCUACUUCCCGGCCUCUUGCCCCUUCAUCAAGACGAGGAGCACAACCCGUGGAGUCACAUCCUGAAGCUUGACCCUCCACUCGGCCACAUACCAGCUGGGUGACUCUGGACCAGUUAUUUAACCUGUGCUCUUGUCUCCUCAUCUGUGAAAUGGAGCGGACAGCAAUACUGCGUAGCACUUUAUCUACCACAUAGUCAGCGCCGAGCGUUAACUAUUACUUCCUAGGGAAAAAAAUGAUUGCGUUUGUGGCAUUAAAUCUCUAUUAUCUUACUUCCUAGGAAAAAAAUGACUGUGAACUUCUAAUUUCCUUAGAAACAGGAGCCUUAACACGAGUGCACAGUCCAGAAACAGACAUUCAUCUCUUCUCCAUAUUCUUUCAUUUGAAAUGACAGCUCAAGACAUUGUUCUAUACUAGACAUUUCCUUGGAUAAAAAUUUUUAAAUUACAAAGCUGUACUAUUUCCCUAGGAAGUCACAAGUCCUAUUUUACCACCCUAACAGCCGCUGUCUUUCCCCACAUGAUACACUUCAUCCAAUAACCUCAAAUCACUAAGAUUUCUAACAACCAAAGCAUCUAACUUCAAUUUGCGGUUGUUAACACUUCAUGAGUUGUAUCUCCUAAGAAGGAACUUGAAGUGUUAAGUUGGUUUUAAAAAUCACUUCUUGGGGGGGGGGGGGGGGGGGGGGCACCUGGGUAUCUCAUUCAUUAAGUGUCUGCUUGAGUCAUGAUCCCAGGGUCCUCGGAUCCAGCCCCACAUCCUGCUCCCUGCUUGGCAGGGAGCCUGCUUCUCCCUCUGUCUGAUGCUCCCCCUACUUGUGCUCACUCUUUGUCAAAUAAAUAAAAUCUUUAAAAAAAAAAUUUAUGGGGGCGCCUGGGUGGCUCAGUUGGUUAAGCAUCUGCAUUCAGCUCACGUCAUGAUCUUGGGGUCCUGGGGUUGGUCAAGCCCCACAUCAACCGCUGCUUCUCCCCUUCCCUCCGCUCCUCCUCUGCUGUGCUCGCUUCUCACAAAUAAAUAAAAUCUUUUAAAAAAAUAAAAAUUAAAAAUAAAAUAAAAAUCAUUUACUGAUCCAUAGGGAAGAAUAAAAGAACAGGGGUUCCUAUCUGCUAAAUAACUCAUUUUAAUUCUGAUAAUGAUCAAGUAUCAGCAUUUUUUUAAAAGGAUUUUUAUUUAUUUAUUUGACAGAGCACAAGCAGGGUAAGUGGCAGGCAGAGGGAGAGGGAGCAGCAGACCCCACACCGCCAAGCUGAGCAAGGAGCCUGACACAGGACUCCAUCCCAGGAUCCCAGAUCAUGACCUGAGCCAAGGGCAGACCUUUAACUGAGCCACCCGGGCGCCCAAGUAUCCGCACUUUAAUUAGGCACCAAGCUUGUUCCUCCAGCAGAAUAUGAACCUUUCCAUUCACAAAAUACUUUUUAUAGGAUUUUUAAUGUUAGAAACUUUAGAGUUUCUGUAAUUUAUAUCCAGGGGGAAAAAUAGGUGAUAUAUUGAACAUGUACUCUGAUACUUUGGGCAAGAAGUCUCUCAUUAGGGGCGCCGGGGAGGCUCAGUGGGUUAAGGCCCCUGCCUUCAGCUCAGGUUAUGAUCUCGGGGUCCUGAGAUUGAGCCCCGCAUCGGGCUCUCUGCUCAGCGGGGAAGCCUGCUUCCUCCUGUCUCUCUCUGCCUCUCUGCCUACUUGUGAUCUCUGUCAAAUAAAUAAAAAUAAAAAUAAAAAUCUUAAAAAAAGAAGUCCCUCGUUAAUUUUACAAUGACAUAAAGAGGUAGAAACUAUUAAAUAUAAUGUAAGGCACAUAGAACAGUGGCUGUCAAAGAAGUGCUAGGUAAAUGUUUGUUCGCCAUCUAUUUGGCAGAUGAGAAAGUUGCCAAGCUAAAUGCCAUGUUCAGGGUCACAGAGCUAGAAAGCUGAAGAUGUCACUUAUUCAAGUACCAGCUGUGCAUAUAUGAAACCCUUACCUUGAAC